GGCGCCGGCCGCCUUUGUGAGGGAAAGCGGUGGCGUGGAAGGUUCGCGAAGCCACCGACGCCAUCGCGCCCCUCCGUCUCGGCUCUCCGCCUAUGGCGACCGGGGCCAACGCGACGCCGCUGGGGAAACUUCAUCCGCCCCCACCGCCGGGCAAGGCCGGCUAUCCGCUUCCUCCUCCCGGAUUAGUGAUGCAAGGCCCGCCGCCUCCGCCACCACCUCCGGGCCCCGCGCAGGCCCAGCCGCAGCCGGCCAUCCCGAGCCUCAUGGCCGCCGGGUUUCCCUUCGCCGCGCUGCCGCCGCCGCCUCCCCCGCCGCCGCCUCCCCCGCCGCCCCAGCAGCCUCAGCCGCCCCCGCAGCAGCCUCAGCCGCCGCCGCCGCCCCCGCAGGCCCAGCAGCCUCAGCCGGCCCAGUACGGCCAGUACCGCUUCCCUUCGCCCCCGCCGCCCCAGCAGCAGCCGCCCAUGGGCCUCGAGCAGCAGCCGCAGCACCUCCACCUGCUCCAGCAGGACGAGGGCGGCCAGGCCGGGCCCGGCAACUCAGAUUACCCUAAUAAAAAGAGGAAGAGGAGCCGAUGGAAUCAAGACACCAUGGAGCAGAAGACUAUCAUCCCUGGCAUGCCCACAGUCAUCCCUCCUGGGCUGACCCGUGAGCAAGAAAGAGCUUAUAUAGUGCAACUGCAGAUUGAAGACCUGACUCGUAAACUGCGCACAGGAGACCUGGGCAUCCCCCCUAACCCUGAGGACAGGUCUCCUUCCCCUGAACCCAUUUACAAUAGUGAGGGGAAGCGCUUGAACACGCGCGAGUUCCGGACGCGCAAGAAGCUCGAAGAAGAGAGGCACAAUCUGAUCACGGAGAUGGUGGCUCUCAAUCCAGACUUCAAGCCACCGGCUGAUUACAAACCUCCAGCAACUCGAGUGAGUGAUAAGGUGAUGAUUCCACAGGAUGAAUAUCCUGAAAUUAACUUUGUUGGGCUUCUGAUUGGACCGAGGGGCAACACACUGAAAAACAUUGAGAAAGAGUGUAACGCCAAGAUCAUGAUCAGGGGGAAAGGAUCCGUCAAAGAAGGAAAGGUCGGACGGAAAGAUGGCCAGAUGUUGCCCGGGGAAGACGAGCCACUGCACGCUUUGGUCACCGCCAACACGAUGGAGAAUGUGAAGAAAGCUGUGGAGCAGAUCCGGAAUAUUCUGAAGCAGGGCAUCGAGACCCCCGAGGAUCAGAAUGACCUGCGCAAGAUGCAGCUCCGGGAGCUGGCCCGUCUGAAUGGGACCUUGCGUGAAGAUGACAACCGGAUUCUACGUCCGUGGCAGAACACGGAGACUCGCAGCAUCACAAACAACACAGUGUGCACCAAAUGCGGAGGAGCCGGCCACAUAGCAUCCGACUGCAAAUUUGCCCGGCCCGGGGACCCCCAGUCGGCCCAAGACAAAGCCCGCAUGGACAAGGAGUACUUGUCUCUGAUGGCUGAACUGGGAGAAGCUCCGGUACCAGCUUCUGUGGGAGCCUCUUCCGGACCGUCGAACCCUCCCCUGCCCAGCGGCCCAAGACCGUCGGGGCCAGGAAACAGCCAGCCGCCUCCGAACCGUCUGCCCUGGAUGAAUUCCAGCCCUUCCGAAAACAGGCCCUUCCAUAACAUCCACGGGGGGAGCGGCGGCAGCAGCGGUGGGGGACCCACGGGCCCCAGCGGCCCCCACAAUUUCCCUCACCCCAUGUCGAGCAUGGGAGGACACGGGGGCCACCCGAUGCAGCACAACCCCAGUGGCCCUCCGCCUUGGAUGCAGCCUCACAACCCCCCCAUGAACCAGGGACCACAUCCCCACGGGCCCCAUGGCCCCCACCACAUGGAUCAGUACCUGGGCAAUGCGCCAGUGGGCUCUGGGGCCUAUCGCCUCCAAGGAAAAGGUAUGAUGCUGCCUCCGAUGGGUAUGAUGCCCCCUCCGCCCCCUCCGCCCAGUGGUCAGCCUCCCCCGCCUCCCUCUGGUCCUCUCCCCCCAUGGCAGCAGCAGCAGCAGCAGCCGCCACCCCCGCCUCCCAGCAGCAGUACUCCCUUGCCAUGGCAGCAAAGUGAAUACGACGACCACCACCACCACGAGCGCUGGCACCGGGGGCAUCCCUCCAUGGCAGCAGCAGCAGGGGGGGGCGGGGGCAGCAACUUCUACGGGGGGCCCUCCGAUGCAAGGCAGCCCCUCCAUGGUGCCUUUGCCUCCCGGGGUCCAGCCUCCACUGCCCCCCGGGGCCCCGCCUCCUCCCCCGCCGCCCCCGCCUGGCUCCGCGGGCAUGAUGUACGCGCCUCCCCCUCCUCCGCCUCCCAUGGACCCUUCUAAUUUUGUCACCAUGAUGGGGGUGGGGGUACCGGCCUUGCCGCCCUUCGGCAUGCCCCCUGCUCCCCCACCACCCCCUCCCCAGAACUGAAGAAUCGUUUUUCUAUUGCCGUUAUAUAUUUUUUUUUUCACUCUCUCUCUCUCUCUCAACAAUACGGAGCCAGGAAUUGGACUUUUUGGGGGCUGGGGGGCAGGGAUCUGGCGUGAAACUCAAAGCAGGAAAGUUGUACUCUUGUAAUCUGGUCUUCGGAGAGGUGUGUGACUCAGAUCUCCCCCUUGGCUCUUUCAGUAGCCCGCUUUUCUGAACCGGACACUCCUGCUCUCUCCUUUCCCCUCCAAGGGAGACCAAGAAACUCGGAGGAGGAAAACUCCUGGCUGAAUGGGUCAGGCCCAGGCAGAGAGGCAGCAAGGGCCGGAAGCGGUGGCUUACUUAGGGUUGUUUGGGAGGAAGGACAGCGUUAACGAGCCCCUUUCCAUUUCUUCUUGCCAAAUAGAUUGAUAUUAUUAUUUUUUUUUAGCCACCUCUUUUAAGUUCUCUGCAAUCAUUUCAACCCCUCUGCCGAGGAUAAGCUGAAGCAGUCCACGGAUCUCUGGGGAGGCCACAGGCACCAAAUGGAGCUGGGCUGCCCAGGGGUGUUUCCCCCCACGCCUGCCUGCCUCCCCAGGGGAGCCUUUCAAGGCCUCCUUCACUCCAUGCGGAUUGAAGAGGACAGAGGGGGCAUCUCUGCCUCUUCCCAGAGUCCCAUCAGCCUGGAAACUUUUCCUUAUCCUUCCUUUUUUUUUUUUUUAACACAGCAGGGUUUUGUGGCUGGGGUGACCCGCCCCUCCCUCGAUUGAAUGGCUUCUGUUGAUGUGUGUAUGUGGACGGUCCUGUCUCCUGUAACCAUUUUCUUAAAAUUGCUUUUUUUUCUGGCCGCCCCCCCCCUUUGGUGUAAGAAUGAAAACCGACGUAGAAAAGAGGAGGUUCCAAUUAAAUGCCGCUUUUAAAA